UUUCAACAAUAUGGUCCAAAACGAAGACUUGGCGAACCGUCUGACAACCACCUUCGGUCUGAGUGAACAAAAAGCCAAAGAAACGCUAAAAAAUGUUACCCUCACCCAAACCCUAUCAACGAUUCUGCACGAGGUGCGCGAAGUGGUGCUCCCUGAAGGUGGAGGCACCCUUCUCUACCACUUGGCCACGAAAAUCAAGCCCCAAAUCAACCACCACUUGCCGCUAAUAAUCAAAUACAUUGUUACAAAAAAAUUGGAUAAUACAGUCCGGGUUGAAAAGGCCAUAGAAUACGCUUUAAGCCACAUCAAAGACAUUGACUUGAAGGAGUUUGAGACGUAUUGUGGGGUCGGUAUCGUCGUCACCCCUGAGGAAAUCGAAAAUGUGGUUGAAGGACUGCUUAAAGAAUAUAAAAAUGAGUUGCUUGAGAAGAGGUACAGGUUCAAUGCGGGCCCCCUUAUGCAAAAAGUCAGGGCGAAGCUGCCCUGGGCUGAUGGCAAGGCUGUCAAGAGCGAAAUCGACGUCCAAAUUUUUGAUUUGUUGGGCCCCAAAACCGAGGAGGACUUGGCCCCGCCCCCUAAAACCGACAAGAAAAAGCCACCUACUAGACCAAAAGUGGAAGAAAAAGUCCCCCAAGACACUGCUUUAACAAUCCUCGAUGUAAUGAAAAAAAUUAAUUUUCACAAACCGGGCGAAAACUACAAAACCGACGGUUAUGUCGUCACUGAAAACACGGAGAAAUUGCUGAAGGAGCACCUGAAGGCCACAGGGGGGCGCGUCCAGACGCGGUUCCCCCCUGAACCCAAUGGGAUUCUCCACAUUGGGCACGCCAAGGCUAUUAACAUUAAUUUUGGGUACGCAGCUGCCCAUGAUGGGGUUUGUUAUUUGCGCUACGACGAUACUAAUCCUGAGAAAGAGGAAGAGAAGUUUUUCACCGGAAUUAAAGAUAUGGUCACUUGGUUGGGGUACAAGCCGUAUAAAAUCACACAUUCGUCUGAUUAUUUUGACCAGUUGUAUGAGUGGGCUGUUGAAUUGAUUAAAAAAGGGAUGGCUUAUGUGUGCCACCAAACAGCUGAUGAAAUGAAAGGGUUUAACCCUCAACCGUCUCCGUGGAGGGACCGUCCGGUUGAAGAAAGUCUCCAGUUGUUCCAGGACAUGAAGAAUGGGAAAAUUGAUGAAGGGGCUGCAACCUUACGCAUGAAAAUAACCCUAGAAGAGGGGAAACUGGACCCAGUGGCGUACAGGAUACGUUUCACCCCCCACCACAGGACGGGGAAUAAAUGGUGUAUUUACCCCACGUACGACUACACGCACUGUUUGUGCGACAGUAUUGAAAAUAUAACGCAUUCUCUUUGUACGAAGGAAUUUCAGUCAAGGAGGUCAAGCUACUACUGGCUGUGCAACGCUUUAAAUAUUUAUUGUCCGGUCCAGUGGGAAUACGGACGCUUAAACGUCAACUACACUGUAGUUUCGAAACGAAAAAUCGCCAAACUGAUCGAAGAAGGCAUCGUGAACGACUGGGAUGACCCACGUUUGUUCACACUGACGGCGCUCAGACGUCGGGGAUUUCCCCCAGAGGCUAUUAAUAAUUUCUGUGCCCAAUUGGGCGUCACGGGGGCUCAGAGUACCGUCGAUCCGGCCAUGUUGGAGGCUUACGUCCGUGAUUAUCUCAACAACACAGCCCCGAGACGCAUGGUUGUAUUAGACCCGCUUGAAAUAGUGAUUGAAAAUUUCCCCUCGGGGAAACCCCCCAAAGUCAACGUCCCCAAUUUUCCGAAUAAGCCCGAGUUGGGGGAACACAGUGUGGCGUUCGGGCCGAGAAUUUACAUCGAACGGAGUGAUUUUCUCGAAGAGGGAAAUAAGAGUUACCGAAGGUUAACCAAAAGCCAGAGUGUUGGUUUACGACAUGCUGGUUACGUGUUAGACGUGAAAGAAGUGAGGAAAAAUGGUUCAGGGCAAGUGGUUGCGGUGGUUUGUAAAUGCACUGAGGUCGAGAAGGCUGAAACUAAACCGAAGGCGUUCAUUCAUUGGGUUUGUGAACCGAUUGAAGUUGAAGUUAGACUUUAUUCAACACUAUUUAAACAUAAAAAUCCUGAGGAUCCCAGUGAAGUCCCGGGUGGUUUCGUUACCGAUUGUAAUGACAAUACGUUAACGAUUUUGCGCAGUUUUGCCGAUAAGAGUUUGGAAACUGCGAAAAUUUAUGAUAAGUUUCAGUUUGAAAGAAACGGAUUUUUCUCUGUUGAUCCUGAUACUAGGUCAGGAAAGCUGAUUUUUAACCAAACUGUUGGCCUUAAAGAAGAUGCCGGGAAGUGAGUGCCCUUUACCUUAAUUAAUUCAUAACUUAUAUGCGAUUUUUACUAACAAUUAAAUUUUUGAACGAAAAAACAA